AGACUGCUGGAUAUUUGCUGGAAACCACAGCUUCAGCUGAACGCUAUCGUCCUCCCUCAACAUUAUGCGAGUGAAAGGGUAGAUCUCUGCAACCACAAGAAGAACUCCAGAGUGGAACAGGAAGAACCUCCACAAGUUGAAGAGGAACAGAAGGAACAAGAACCUCCACAAGUUGAGGAACAGAAAGAACCAGAACCUCCACAGAUUAAAGAGGAACAAGAGAAACCAGAACCUCCACAGAUUAAAGAGGAACAGGAGGAACAAGAGCCUCCACAGAUUGAAGAAGAUUGUAGGGAACUAGAACCUCUACAGAUUAAAGAGGAGCAAGAAUGGCUUUGUAUCAGUCACAAUGACGAUCAGCUUGAAUUGAAGCAAGAGACUGAUACCUUGAUGGAGACUCUUACUUAUGAGGAAAAUGAGCACAAUCUAGCAGAUCUAAAUAGUCAGUGGUGUUUUAAUGUAAUUGAUAGUCAGGUUGAAGAAGGAACCCAGCAUGAAAAAUCAGCAUCAACUACAGAGGGAGAGGCAGACCCACAGAAAAGAGAUCAGAGAAAUGACAAAGGUUAUGACCAAAAUGUGGACAACUCUCUAAUGUCAGAAAGUCAUCAUGGCUCUGAUCUUAAAAAAAAAUCCAAUUCGGCAACUUUGGUUAAAAAACACAACCAAAUCCUAAACAAAGAAAGACUUUCCUGUUUAAAGUCUGGUAAAAGCUCAAGAAUUGUUAAUAAUCUGUAUGUCUACAGGAGAACUGAGUCAGAUGAAAGAUCCUAUGACUGCAAAGAAUGUGGUAAAAGUUUUAGUUGGUGGUCUCUUUUUAGAAUUCACAUGAGAACCCACACAGGAGAGAAGCCUUUUUCGUGUGAAAAAUGUGAUAAAAGUUUUAUGGAAGUGUAUAAUCUCAAUGCGCACAUGAAAACGCAUACAGGAGAAAAGCCUUUUUCUUGUGAAGUAUGUGGUACAAGUUUUGGACGUCUAUAUAGUCUGAAAACGCACAUGAGAACUCACACAGGAGAGAAGCCCUUUUCGUGUAAAGAAUGUGAUAAAAGUUUUAGUGAAAGUCAUAAUCUCAAUGCACACAUGAAAACUCAUACAGGAGAAAAGCCUUUUUUUUGUAAAGUAUGUGAUACACGUUUUAGACGUUCAGCUCAUCUGAAAUCGCACAUGAGAACUCACACAGGAGAGAAGCCUUUUUCGUGUAAAGAAUGCAAUAAGAGUUUUCGUCAAAUAUUUGGCCUCAACAGACACAUGAGAACCCAUACAAGAGAGAAGCCUUUUUCUUGUGUAGUAUGUGAUACAAGUUUUAGUGAAAUGUAUAAUCUCAAAGCCCACAUGAGAACUCAUACGGGAGAAAAGCCUUUUUCUUGUGAAGAAUGCAAUACAAGUUUUAAUCGCUUAUCUCAUCUGAAAACACACUUGAGAACUCACAGGAGAAAAGCUUUUUCAUUGUAAAAUAGUGUGACAGAAGGCACAUGAGUGCUCAUACAGUAGAUAAACCUUAUUCCUGUAAAGAGUGUAAUGAAAGUUUUAGUCUUGUAAUCAAUCAAAAAAACUCAGAUUAGAGGAAAUAUUUUUUUCUUGUACAGAAUGUGAUAGAAGUUUUAGACAAAUGUCUAGUCUCAAAAGAUACAUCCAUCUAUCCAGCCAUCCAUAUUCUUGUCCGCUUCUUCCCUUUCGGGGUCGUGGGGGUGCUGGAGCCUAACCUGGCUACUGAAGGGCGAAGGCAUUGUACACCCUGGACAGGUCGCCAGUCCGUCGCAGGGCUCAAAAGAUACAUGAAAGCUCCAAAAGGAAAUAAUCCCUUGUCAAAGAAUGUAAUAAAGAUUUCAGUGUCCAAGAUAAGCAACACAAAGUUGCUCUGCAUGUUCUCUAGCGACCCACUUUGUAAAAUAUUUACACCUUCGUUUUUGUAUGAUUUUAAUUUAUGUGUAAAAAAAUACUCUAAAGUUCUGUCUCAGAAAAUUUGAUUAUUUAAUGAAAAGUAUUGAAUUUUCUGAGUUGCCCACCCUAAUCAGUUAAUUAACUUCAAACCCCUUCAAAGGUUUUUCCAAGCCUUUGAAUUAUCUCUCUGGCACUUCAUACUGCUAUGUACUGGCGGUCUACUUUUUUAAUUGAUCAAAAACACUGAACUUUUUCAUGAAAUUAUUCUUUUUUUACUUUUUAAAAAUUAUUUUAGAUCUAAAUCUAUUGUUUUGAAUUGUACCUAUGAAGAAUUUAAGUCUUGAUUGACAUUUCCCACUUUAACCUUUGUGCUUUCUUAUGGGGUCCAGAAGACCCCACCCUUAUAUUGAAGUGUGAUCCUUCCCAUAACAAAGGUGGACAGGAUUUUAUGUUUGCCACAGACACCAGUGAAGAUAAGAAAAUCUUUGAAAAAAAAAAAAAAAAGUUCAGUUCACUGUCUUGUGGGGUCCACAUGACCCCAUUUUUAAUGUAAACAUGCCUAGGAUAGCACAAGGGUUAAAGAUGCAACUAUAUUUUGUUCUGGAAUUUUUAAGUAAUCUUGUUUUUUUUUAAAGAAAUAUUAUUGAAGCAAAGAAAUAAACUGAUUUUUUUUCUUCUGUUCAUGUCAUUCAUGUUUUCUAGUAGAGAUUAGAAAUGUUUUUCUGCUCUUUGUAGUUUUCACUAUUUUGUAAUCUUUACCUUGCAGACUAAAGUGGACCUGGACAGUAAGAA